CGGGGCGGCGUGGGAUUCCUCGUCAACAAAUCUCUCGUUGACAACGUUGUCGAGAUCUCGAGUGUGUCGGAGAGGGUAGCGUACCUUGUUUUGAGACUCACCGAUAGGUAUUCUCUCAAGAUAGUACAAGUGUACGCACCAACCUCGACACAUUCCGAUGACGAAGUGGAGACCAUGUACGAAGACAUCUCCAAGGUCUUAAAUACCACCCCUAAGACCCACUUCAAUGUUGUCAUGGGAGAUUUUAACUCCAAAGUAGGAGUACGAGCUAGCGGCGAAUCUUGCUUGGGACAGCACGGUGUUGGGAUUCGAAACCGCAGGGGGCAAAUGCUGGUCAACUUUCUCGAAAAAGAGGGGCUCUUCUUGAUGAAUUCCUUCUUCAAAAAGAAGCCCCAAAGAAAGUGGACAUGGCGAAGCCCUGACUCUGUGGUAAGGAACGAGAUAGAUUUCAUCAUUACGGAUCGGAAGUAUAUAUUUAGGGAUGUCUCUGUGAUCAAUAGGUUCAAUACCGGUAGCGAUUACCGACUACUGCGAGGAUCCUUGAGUGUAUGCUUCAAACUCGAAAGAGCCCAUAUGCUGAGGUCUACUCUCCGACCCUACUCCCAACAAUCCGUCGCUGAGACCCAGUUUCAGUUACAACUGAGAAAUAGGUUCGACGCUCUUAACAUCUCGGAAACUACAAUGGAAGUUGACGAGCUUCCUGACGUCAGUAUAGGCGAAAUCGGAUUAGCUCUGAAACAACUUAAAGGAGGAAAGACCCCGGGGAGGGACGGCAUUACGAUCGAACUUCUCAGAGCGGGAGGCGAACCCGUCUUGAGAGAGCUUCGUAAAGUCUUUAAUUUUGUCCUUCAACGGGGAGUUUCCCCCGAAGAGUGGCUUAAAAGCGAGGUGGUUCUCUUUUUUAAGAAGGGCGAUAACACCCUUCUUAAAAAUUAUAGACCCAUCUCGCUUUUU